AUGUUGUCGCCUAGAAUCGCAUGCAUUGCUAAUGGAACUUCCAAGGUUAACUAUCUCCUUAAUGCCGUUAAACUUUCAACCUGCAGUCAGGAACUACCCUUCCAUGAAAUGGUUGGAAAAUUCUACGACAAUGCAGCCAAAUUUGUCGAGAAAAAGAUGGUCGAAGAAAUAGAAUGGCGAGGACCAACCGAUAAAAAAGCCGAGUAUGUUAAGGGAAUCUUAAAUAACAUUCGUAACGUUGAUAAUGUAUCCGAGUUCAACUUUCCAAUAAAACGUGAUAAUGGCUCUUAUGAAAUCAUUUCUGCUUGGCGAGCUCAACAUAGUCACCACCGUUUGCCAUGCAAAGGGGGUAUUCGCUAUGACUCUAAUGUAGAAAUGGGUGAAAUUCUUGCUCUUGCUUCUCUCAUGACCUUCAAAUGUGCUGUUCUCAAUGUCCCAUUUGGUGGUGCUAAGGGUGGCAUUCGAAUUAACCCUCAAUCCUAUUCGCAAGAUGAACUAGAGCGUAUUACUCGACGAUAUGCUCUUGAACUUGCUAAGAAGGGUUAUCUUGGUGCUUAUAUUGAUGUUCCUGCUCCUGAUAUGAAUACUGGCGAACGCGAAAUGGCUUGGAUUGCUGAUACCUACACCCAAACAAUUGGUUACAAGGAUGUCAAUUCAAAGGCCUGUGUUACUGGCAAACCCAUUAACCAAGGUGGGAUCCAUGGUCGUACUGCUGCUACCGGACUUGGUCUCUUCUAUACUCUUGAGAACUUUAUCAACAAAGAAGCCUGGACCCGAAAAUGCAGUUUGAGUCCAGGUAUUAAAGGCAAAACUUUUAUUGUCCAGGGUUACGGCAACGUCGGUAGAUACAGUGCUAAAUUCCUCCAUGAGGGUGGGGCUAAGUGCAUAGGUAUUCUUGAAGUCGAUGGAAAUCUCUACAACCCCAAUGGGAUCGACAUUACUGCUCUAAAUGAGUAUACGACCAAGCAUGGUAGCAUUGUUGACUUUCCAGGUGCAGAGUCAUCCAAAGCAUCAAUUGAUUUACUCUUUGAAAGAUGUGAUAUUCUCAUUCCAGCUGCUAAUGAAAGACAAAUUAAUGCUAGUAAUGCCGAUAAAAUUCAGGCUAGGCUCAUCAUUGAGGGCGCUAAUGGUCCUACUACACCCCCUGCUGAUGCUAUUUUGAAAGAAAAGAAUGUUCUAAUUAUCCCUGACCUUCUUGCCAAUGCGGGUGGUGUCACGGUUUCAUACUUUGAGUGGCUAAAAAAUCUUAACCAUGUCAGCUUCGGUAAACUCUCCUUUAAGUACGAGAAAGAUAGCCAACAGUAUCUUCUGGAGAGUGUUGAGGAGUCUUUGGAACAUGCUUUCGGCAAGAAGGUUGGUAUAAAUCCCACUAAAGCCCUCCAGGAACGUUACGAUAACAUUUCUGAGGAGGAUGUUGUUCAUUCCGGCCUUCACUACAGUGUUCAACGCGCUUCAAAUAACGUUAUGGAUACUUGUGAUCGCUACCAUCUUGGCAUAGACGUGCGUACCGCUGCUUACAUUAGUGCUAUUGAAAAAAUCUUCCUCACUUUCCACAAAUCUGGAAUGACCUUCUAA